AUGGCGUCAUCCUCGCUUCUGAGCCAGAUUUCAGACGACUUUUUGGAAUGCAAGGUUUGCUACGAACCCUACAAAAUACCCAAAGUCCUGGCCUGUCUGCACACGUUUUGUCUGGAGUGUUUGGAACAGUCAGUAGAGAAACAGGGUGAGAGGAACCGAGUCUUCUGUCCAACAUGUCGGACGCCAACUAGUUUGCCCGAGGGUGGCGUGACCAAACUGAAGGACAACUUCUUCGUGGAGAGUCUGCGAGAUACCGUGGACAUAUAUAGGAAAAUACACAGUAAACACGAGGACGUGAUGUGCAGCAAUUGUUUGGAGAACAGCCCUGAGGCAGCGUCCGCCCGCUGCUUGUCGUGCGACGAGUUCCUUUGCCCGGACUGCGUCAAUGCACACAAACGAGUCCGCCUAACGCGAGGUCACUGCCUGGUGGCGCUGGACACCAUCCGGGCCUCCAAUGCAGAGUCACCGCUGAAGAACGUCAAGGCACCUAUGUGUGAGAAACACGACAAUCAAGUCAUGAGGUUCUUCUGCACGACUUGCAGAAGGAACCGUGAUGUCAUAACACGGAACAAUACGACACACGACACAACAGAAAUCAACACAACACAGUACAACGAACACAACGCACCACGACACAACACAUUAAAACACAACAUUAAAACUGUUUAUAACGUCAGGAUUCCUGUGUGCCACGACUGCACCGUCAUCGACCACAAAGAACCAGACCACGAGAAUGUCUACUUGUCUGAACUGGUGGACGAAACAAAAGAAACCCUCACAGAGCUGUCUUCCCUCAGUGAGGGACGAAUCCAUGAAAUAAAGGUUGUCCAAAGCGCUCUGUCCAAGACUUUGCUGACUCUCGAAGAGAACAAGGCCUCGGUGAAGCACCAGCUAGCGACAGCAACGGAGAAACUCAAGAAACGCGUCGAGAGGAAGAUCGACAAACAACACAAACUGUUGUCAAAGAAACUAAGUGAAAUUUGUUCAAGUCGCGAAAAAGAGCUCAACAUACAUGAAGACUUCUUGGAAACGACGUCAGCAAGCUUGAAAAGUUCGCUGGAGUUUGUCCGGAAGGUUUUGUCGCACGGCAGUGACUUUGAUAUGAUGGACGUGAGUAAAGAGAUAGAGGAAAGGAUGACGUCACUACUGGAAGCUGAGCUGCCCAAUGUCAAUGAUGUCACUUUUCAAAUGGUGCAUCUGACGUUUCUGCCGUCACAUGAGCCACUAGAUUCUGUAGUGAUCGGCACCAUUGAGGAAUCAAGAGCUAUCCCGUGUAAGAAGUUCCUCCCGUGCGGCCACCCUUGUGAUGACGUACACCACCCGGACACGCCCUGCACACAGAGGUGCCGGAGCACGGUCGACAUCCGCGUCAACUGCUACAGGUGUGGCAUACCAAUCAGAAAAGCCUCGGACGGCAGGGAAUGCUGGGAAGUUCCACAAAGAACAAUUGAUCAUGUCCAACGUCAAGGCGUGGAGUGUAUCGUGCUACAGACUGAGAGUGCAGUAGACGAGUACAACAAAAUGGCGUCCGCCGGCAAGAAAGUUGGAGGGGUUUUCCACUCUACUUGUUAA